AUGGAGUCACGUGCUUUGGCAAGGGCCGAAGCUGACCGACAGCGCCGGCUGCUACGGGAGAAGGCUGCAGCUCCUGAGCCUGAAAAGUUUGAGACGCCCGAGUCCAGCCCACCUGGCACGCCCAAGGAAGAAUCUGUGGAAGAUCCUCAGGAAGAGUUCCAAGAGAUGGAGGAGACUCCUGAAGAGAUUCAAAAGCCCGACGAGGUGUCGGUGCAAGAUGAGAUGCCCCAAGAGGAUCUGAACGAAGAGGAUGAUGAGCCAGAGCAACAGGAGGAAGAAGGUGACGCCGGAUCGCCUAUCUCCAAAGAGGAGGCAGAGGCGGAAGAGGCGGAAGAGGCAGAAGAGGUGGAAGAGGCGGCAGACGAAGAUGAAGAUGAUGAGGAGCUACCAAUGACAAAAGGAAGAAUUAGCCAGGAGGCGAUGGGACGGCUCAACCCCGUUGCAGAUACAGGGCUUGCGUUGGGCAUUGGCAUGGUUGCCGUGCAGGGAGAGGAGCAAGAGGUCGACUCUGACGACCUCCUGGACUUUGAGACUGUCAAGAACAAGACUGAGCGCAAGGCAGAGAAGCAAACCCAGCGCCGGGUGAAGGAGGAGCAUGCCUCGCGAGCAGCUAUUCGCAAAGAGGCACAAAGACAGCGUGAGCUACGUGCCAAGGAGCAGCGUGAGUCCAAGGAGCAGGCCGAGGCCGCAGCCGCAGCGAGCGAGGCUGCCAAGCCCAAGGCAGCUGCACCCAAGCACGAGAUGAUCAAGCUGUCAGAUUUGAGGCGAAGCCAAAUGGAAGAAGAAACUUUGGAUGAUGUCAGCGUAACGCCGGCAUGGUUUAAAGUGGACUGGUUAAGAUUUGCCAGCGACGUGCCGAAGCGACGUGCAUGGUAUGUGGUGGACUAUGCCAAAACAGGCCGGUCGACAUGCAAGGAGUUCCGAUGCAAGAAGGCCAUUGCAGAAGGAGAGCUGCGCAUCGGGAUCGAAGCUCCAGAGGAUGAUCAUCGAGGAAGCCAGUUAGGUUGGUACCAUCCACCUUGUUUGUGGAAGACCUUCUCGUUUCAGAAAAAUGCCAACAAGAAGAUUGAAUCUACGGAGGACAUCAAGAAUUUCCAUCACCUUCGGAACGAAGAUAGAGAGUUGAUCGAAUCGCUACUGGAAGGAAAGACCGUUGAGAGUCCCAAGGGAGCACCUUCGAGUUCCUUGCGGAAAAAGAUCAUCACCAAAGUUGAAGGCAACACGAUGACUCUCACGGGUCCAACCUUCCAAUUCAAAGAGGACUUGAAGAAGCUUGGAGCCAAAUUCAAUGGUGAAUUGAAGGCCUGGAUCAUCACUAAGAAGGACAAUGAUACCUUUGAACACGUGGAGAAGUUCCUUGCUGGGGAUGAUGACGAAUCUGUUGUCAAGAGGCCUGCGAAACGGCAACGGACAUAG